AUGUCUGCUAUAGAACUUCUGAAAACGAUUGAAAGCCUCGUCCAAGUGGUGAAUGAGAAAAACCGAGAACUAGAGAAACUCAAGACGGAAUAUGGCUCGAAAAUAAACGAAAUUAAUCGAUAUUUACAUGCUCUUCAUGAUUCCAUCAGCCAAAAAGCCGCCAUUUCUUCAACAAAAGAAGGCGAAAUUUCUGACGACGAAUUGAUUAAAACUCUCAAGAGUCAAGUAAAAUGUCCUCAGUGUGAUACAGAGGUGUGGAAUAACGACAAAAAUACCGAUUUUAUUCUUUUACCUAGACAGAAACUACAAGCGAUUCACCAUCACGAGGUCAAAGUAGACAAAAUCGACCAAAUAACAACUUUAAGCCCCAAGAGCCAGAAUUCAAACCAAAGCUCAAACCAAAGCUCAUCGCAUCCCCCAAAGCCCAAAAAGUCAGCAAAGAAAACCUGUUCAUUCUGCCACCAAACUGGCCAUUCCAGGGCCCGGUGUCUACAAAGACUCAAUAACGACUCGAAUUCAUUACGAAAAUAG